GGAUAGGGCUAAACAUGUACUGUUACAGAAAAAAUCUGAUCAACAUAGCUACCUUUAGAGACUAAUAAAUAUACCGCACACAAUACAUAAUUAUAUUAUAUAUAGAGUACCAAAUUUAUAAUACACACAAAAGCUUUUUUAAGGGGGGCUUCCCGUUUUCCUUCACAGGUUAAGAUUACUAUUAUCUUAUCCCUUUUGUUACCCUAACUGAAGCUCUUUAUAGAGGACUAUAGAAAUUAAAGACGGUCUAGCUAGAAAGAGGAAGUGUACAAAUCUAGGUAAGAGAGAGAAAAGAGAGAUGGGAAGAGGGAGAGUAGAGUUGAAGAGAAUAGAGAACAAAAUUAACAGGCAGGUCACAUUUGCCAAGAGAAGAAAUGGGCUUCUCAAGAAAGCUUAUGAGCUCUCUGUUCUCUGUGAGGCUGAGGUUGCCGUUAUUAUUUUCUCCAACCGUGGGAAGCUUUAUGAGUUCUGUAGCGGCUCCAGCAUGGUGAAAACGGUAGAAAAGUACAAGAAGUAUAGUUAUGGAGGACUGGACGCUACUCAACCUUUAAUUGACUCUCAUGAGAACAGCUAUCAGGAAUAUUUGAAGCUAAAAGCAAGAGUAGAGGUUCUACAGAAAUCUCAGAGAAACCUUCUUGGGGAAGAUCUCGGACCGUUGAAUACAAAGGAGCUCGAGCAGCUAGAGAAUCAGCUGGAGAUAUCUUUGAGGCACAUUAGGUCAACAAAGACCCAGUGCCUGCUUGAUCAGCUUAAUGAUCUUCAACACAGGGAACAAUUCCUACUUGAAGCUAACAAAACGUUGAGAAGGAAGUUGGAAGAAAACAGUACUCAAAAUCCACUUCGACUUGCAUGGGAAGCUGCAGCGGAGGAACACAAUAACAACGCCUACACCCACCUUCCUUCUGAAACAGAUCAAGGCUUCUAUCAGCCUCUCGGAAACAACUGUACCUUGCAAACUGGAUACAGCAAUUCAGCGGGCCCAACUGAAAUGAAUGGUGGAGCCCCGGCCCAAACUUUGAACGGGUACAUGCAUGGAUGGAUGCUUUGAUUCUGGUGUGGCCUUUUAUAUCAAGAUUUGCAGCAAUAAAACGUGCACUAGAAUUGUACUACUUUCUUCUCCCCAUAAGUAAAUUUUAUUUAUUUUUCUUUUUGUUUUUCAAAGACCCAUAUAUAACUUGUGAUUAUAUAUGCAUAAGUAACAAUAAGUAGUACCUAUGUGCUAUGUCGUUGGCACAGAACACCAAUAUUGUAUUGUAUAAAAUAAUCGCACUACCCUAUAAUUCUUUAAGAUAUGUGAAUGGAAAUGUGUGUGUGCAUAUA